AUAAAAACAGCUCAGCCUUCCCCAGCAGCAUGUAGGAGCCUCUCCCCUCUGCUGUUGCGCCAGACACAGAGGCAGACUCACAGGACACCCGAGACAUCAUGAAGAGCCUGCUCCCUCUGGCCAUCCUGGCUGCGCUGGCCGUGGCAGCCCUGUGCUAUGAAUCUCACGAAAGCAUGGAAUCCUAUGAAGUCAGUCCCUUCACCAACCGGAGAAAUGCCAACACCUUUAUAUCCCCUCAGCAGAGAUGGCACGCUAAAGCCCAGGAAAGGUAUGUCCUGGAACUCGAUGGGGGUAGCCAUUCUUCCCAGGGUCGUAGCCUGGAUCUGGACAGAGUGUGGAAGACGGUUCAUCACUAUUUCUACGUCUUGGACUCAAAGAAUUUGAAAAGCAACACAGAACGAAAUGGAACACUUAGAAACGAUUUUGCUUUGGGCUUAGAAAGGAGACAUGGAGGAAGAAAAAGGAGACAGAAAGAAAGCUUCUGCUUUUAUUCAUGAAAAUAAUACCCAAAUCAAAGCCUGCUUCCCUCCCCCGUGCCUGCUCUUCAGAUACCUCUCGCACUGAGCGAAGGGCUCUCUAGUCCGUCUCUCCCCCAACCCCCACCAACCUUUUACUGACUAGAUAUGCAUGCAAUCUUUCUACCAUGCAAUUGUGUCUCUUUCUCUAUUCUCCAGAGUCCGGGAACUCAACAAGCCUGCCCAGGAGAUCAACAGGGAGGCCUGUGAUGACUACAAGCUGUGUGAGCGCUACGCCCUGAUCUACGGGUACAACGCCGCCUACAACCGCUACUUCAGGCAGCGCCGAGGAGCCAAAUAAGAGCGCAAGGAAACAGUCGCUUUGUUACGGAGUCUGGUUUCAUAUUCCCCUGCAGUAGCAUUACCGAUACACAGAUUCGUGUGCGUUGCUUGUUCCUCACAUGAUCUUCUGUCUGGCUGGGCCACUCCUUCCUUCCGCGGGUUGAAAGUAAUGAAAGAGCAGUAUUAAGAAAUGUGUUUAUAUAUAAUAAAAUUCUGGUUUGAUACUU